AUGAGAAGGGGACGGAGAAACGGAAGAGGGAAGGGCAAGGCCGUAGCCUCAUCUAGCAGCCAUUAUAACGACCACAACAUGCGAAAUCCCACAUCUCAACACCAUGGUGACCAAGAUAGCUCUGAUGAUUCAGAUGAAAUGCAAGAUCAAUUCAAUAACCAAUUCACCAACUCCAAUUAUAUUCAACCCAAUUACAAUCCGAGAUAUAAAGGUAAACCUCAGAACUAUGACCCAAAUUACAACCGAGGGACUCGAAGCGGGCGACAUCAUCCCCCGAAUCCAUUCCAACAACCACCCAACAACCCGUUCCAGCAGCAACCCCCUCAAGGCCCAUUCCAACCACAACCACAGCCGGUUGCCUUCCAACAGUACCCUCAGCCAAAUACGUUCCAACCCCAACCUCAGCACGCUGGAUACCCUCAGCCUCCUCUCAACAAGCCACAGUAUUUUGAAGAGCAGUGGGAGCAACAGUCCAAUCAACAUUCGAACGUUCACGAGUACCACCACCAUCAUCAUCAUCAUAACCAUUAUCAUCACUUCUCCGACGGCAUCAACCCCCUACCCACAUCAACCGCAGCCGUUCCUUACACUGACGCCAGGAUGGUCGACAUCGACGACGUUCACUCCCUACGGAUCUACAUCGCCAAUCUAGAAUCACAGAUCAGGGAGGUGCUGCAAUCGAUGGCGGAUAGCAACACAGAUUCCAAAGAACUAGUCUGUCAUUAUAUCGAGUCUGUACGCCGUUCAUAUCCCAGAUCCGAGCUUGCUCGGGCCUUUGCUGUGAACAAUGGUGGUCAGAAUGGUUGUCAGAACGGUGGCCAGAAUAGUGGUCAAAAGAGUUGUCAGAAUAGGGGUCAGAAUAAUGGUCAGAGUAAUGGUCAGAGUAGUGGUCAGAGCAGUGGUCAGAACGUAGGUCAGAACAUAUAUCAGAAUGUGGAUCGGAAUUUCAAUCAGCAGCAUAACGCGCAGUCACCGGAUCCUCGGGCCUCAUCCCAACGUAAUCGGGGGCCUAGUCCUGAGUCUGGGCCUCCUCCCGCCGGGGGGCAAAUGAGAGGUGCCAUAGCUCGAUUGAUGGAACUCUCAACCCAACAGGCGGCCAUGGGCGAGGCAAUGAUGAGUGGGGCGAACGGCCCCCCUACGGGGAAGUCGGGACAACGUCAUGUUCGUUUUCAAGAUUAUAGGGAGCCGACGGUUGAAGAAGUUGUUGAUUGA